UACCACGAGACUACGUCGUGAUUCUUUUUCCUAUGGACACUCGUGAUUUAUCUAUGUGUGCAGUUUGACUCAGCAUCAAUUCCUUUUACACCAUCUUCACAGGUAGCGGCUACCACUUCCGUUUGCUCACUUCCGUUUCGCGCCUUGUCGUCCGCCAUUAUUGCUUUGUUCUUCCUUGUGUUCACUGUCCUAGGUUGCGCGGCAGUUUUAACGGGUUUGGAGACCCGAGGUUGUACAUCGCGGGUUCCGUGAUGGAUGAUACAACUGAAUGUUAUGUACCAGCAGACAAGUUCCUCAUUGUAAAGUUUCCAAAGGAGGACAAUGAGGUGGCUGUCAUCCCAGACAGUUGGAUGUUGUCUGAAAAUCAGUGCUACUGGCCACCAGAGAAAGAGGAAAGAAAGAUUGGACUGUAUGUUCGUAAAAGGCGAACCUCUACAUAUGGCUGGCGAAUCAUUUCUUGCAUCAAGAUCGCCGAGUAUGACACAUACAGUGAGGCCCGAGAAAUGCUCCCAGUGGCAGAAAAUACAUCUGACUUGAACCCUGACGACAAGUAUGGGCGGGGAAUGAGAAAACGCUUCUCAGUCAUACGUAGCAGUGAUGAAGACUCUCCACCUCUGUCCUCUCAAAGGCACAAGCAACAUUGUACUCGCCGUAACCGCAGCCUGAGUCAGCCUCCGUUAACCUUGAACAGGGGCUCUCCAACCUUUAUGGCUGAAGAUGAAGAUGAUGACCUGACCUUUGACGCAUCAUCAGUGCAUCAACCUUUGCGGUCCCUUUCUCAGCCCGUUGUAACCGGCCGUUCAAGCUCUGAUGCAGCUGACAGUCGUGCUCAGGAGUCAAGCUUCGGAAAAUCCAGGCACACCGGUGCCUCUUGCAACAAGGCAGUGCCACUGAUGCGGCGCUCGGGGACGAAUUUGAGGAUGCCAUUAGCCUCCCUACCUGCAAAUCAGUGCAAGGCCACCACAGCCACAGGUUUUUCUUCAGAUUUCUGUGCAGCAAAUCAACACCGUGACCUGAAUCAACAUCGUUACCCUGUUGAUGAGCUGGAGCAUAGUGGAUCCGAAUGGCAGAGGGGUCCAUUCAGGGGAAGCUGUGGAUCAACUAGCUCGGGUGAACGCUUCUCGCCCCUACCUUCAAUUUCAAGUACCCGAAGAACUGAGGAGCCUGCAAUGGCGUCAGGUAUUGUGCUCUCCCCUUGCACUGCUUGUGACACAUUUGUCUGA